AUGGAGCUGGCCCCGCAUAGCCCGUUUCCCCAGACUGACUAUGGCAGAAACCUGAAUUCAGUGUGCGGACGUGUGCAGGCGUCGGAUCGCAUUGUGUCGGGGCAGGAUGCCAAGCCGGGCCAGUGGCCCUGGCAGGUCAGCCUGAGGCAGUAUGGCCAGCACGUGUGUGGUGGCUCCGUGAUUUCUGAAGACUGGGUGCUGACAGCUGCCCACUGCUUCAACCAGAACCAGCCCCUGUCCGCCUAUAUGGUGCUGCUGGGCUCCAUCUCCUCCUACCCAGAGGCCGGCGAGGCGGGCGAGCUGCGGGCCGUGGCGCAGAUCUUCAGGCACCCGAGCUACUCGGAUGAGGAGCACAGCAUGGGUGACAUCGCACUGCUGCGGCUGGCCUCUCCCGUCUCCUUCAGUGAACUCAUCCUUCCGGUCUGUCUCCCCAAGCCCGGAGACCCCCUGGAUCCUGGCAUCAGGUGUUGGGUCACCGGCUGGGGGUACACUUCUCCGACUCAGAGUCUCCUGCCCCCCUUCACCCUUCAGGAGGUGGAGCUUCCCCUCAUCGCCCAGCAGACCUGUGAGGCCUACUACCAGGGGAACUCGGCGUCCGGCCAGGGGUCCCUCAUCCUGGAGGACAUGCUGUGUGCUGGCUUCGAGGAAGGCCAGAAGGACUCCUGCUUUGGCGACUCCGGAGGCCCGUUGGUGUGUGAUGUGGGCGUGUGGGUGCAGGCAGGGGUGGUGAGCUGGGGGUCUGAGUGUGCCCUGCCCAGGAGGCCAGGAGUUUACACCAACGUCAGCUACUACAUGGCGUGGAUUGCCAGCGUCCAGAACUCAGCCCCAGGCCGGAGCCGCUCCUCGCCCUCCUCCAGACCCUUGUUCCUGGGGUCCGCUGGUGCUGCCCUCAUCUCCCUGUGGCUUCUCUGAUGGGUACCCCAUUAUCUCAGUCCCCACACUCUGAACUGGUGGUGUCUCCCAACCCCUGCCCGGUGCAGGCACUCUGGGCGGCACCCCUUCCUGGGGGCCUUUGUGGGCAGUCAUUUGCUGUCUUCCGUCCUCCAGCCUCCAGGAGCCCUGUCCUGUCUCUCUCCAGAGAACUCUCCCUCCAGUCUCCACACAGAUUCCUCUUCAGACUCUUGGGGACCCCUCAGCUAACCCCCGGCCUCUUAUUUGUCUCCUCUGGGCCCUGGUCACCCUUCACCCAGGACGGAGCCGCAGGGCGCGGCCUCCACUCAGGGCA